AUGCAAAUUAAUCGCCUCGAGUGCACCUCAACGUUGGUCAGAUGGCACCUAUGCUUCGUAUUUUGCCUUCUCGACGAGCAACUCGAAGUCUCAGUGGCAUCUGAACUCGACUAUAUAAAAGCCACGACUUUCAACGUCCUUUUGCUCUGCUUCAAACAAGCGAGACAACAGUACCACGACUGCAUCAAAGACAACGACAUAUACUAUAUCGCAAGCGUUCUGGACCCUCGAAUCAAGACCAAGUGGCUCAAAACGCUACCAGAUGGAGAGAAGAUUAUUGACCGAAUUCGGGAGUUCCUGAAGAGAGCAUAUUCCACUACAAAACAGCCUGUAUCGACUACUCCAAACACCAACUGGAAGAGCUUUGAAUAUCGAUUUCUGAAAGCCUUUCAGCCUACACAGUAUAACGUCACUGAGUCUGAUAUCGACAAGUAUUUUGAUACUCCGACAAUCAGCACUGGUUUUGAUACAAGCCAGAGCCAGUCCGAGUUUAUACGAAACUGA